AUGUCUGAAGUUUUGCCUCUCCUCUCUGCCGCAGCAGUGGCGGAGCACAACACUAAAAGUAAUUGUUGGGUUACGCUUUACCACAGAAAAGUCUACGACGUGAGCUCGUUCAUCGAUGAACAUCCAGCAGGCGGCGAUCUUAUUAUCCCUUAUGCUGGCAAGGACGUCACGGAAAUCAUGGCAAACUUGGAGUCCCAUGAGCACUCGGAGAGCGCCUAUGAGAUGCUUAAUGAGCAUAUGUUGAUCGGCUACUUGGCUACCCCUGAGGAGGAGGAAGAGCUCAUCAACAACAAGAAAAAGGUGCCAGUCGAAGUGAAGCUCACGAAGGAGGCCGAAAGCGAGUUUGAUUUGAGCGAGUUCCACAGCAAGUUGCCUGCCCUCGAGAAGCUUUCCAUCCAAACAGACUUCUCCCAGGAUGCCAAGAAGCACAAGUUCUUGGACUUGAACCACGCGCUUCUUCCCCAGAUUUUCCGCUCGAACUUCUCAAAGGAGUUUUACUUGGAGCAGGUGCACAGACCACGCCACUACGGCAAGGGCUCUGCGCCUCUUUUCGGCAACUUUUUAGAGCCCUUGUCAUUGACUGCUUGGUGGGUGGUGCCGCUUGUAUGGCUCCCCUUGAACUUCCUGCUCUUUUAUGUCGGGUUUAUGGGCCAGAGCAAGAUCACAGCGUUGAGUCUCUGGGCCGUCGGUUUGUUUGUGUGGACUUUUGUUGAAUACUGCUUGCACAGAUUCUUGUUCCACUUGGACCAGUACCUUCCAGACCACAAGGCUUUCUUCACUCUCCACUUCCUUCUUCACGGAAUCCAUCAUUAUUUGCCCAUGGACAAGAACCGCUUGGUGUUGCCUCCAACCUUGUUCGUGUUGUUGGCCUACCCAUUCUACAGACUCAUCUUCGGCAUCUUCCCCUUCUACAUGGCAUGCUCUGGUUUCGCCGGCGGCACUUUUGGCUACAUCAUGUAUGACAUGGUGCACUACGUGUUGCACCACUCGCAGUUGCCCGGAUACCUCCAGGACCUCAAGACCUAUCACUUGGAGCACCACUACAAGAACUACGAAAUGGGCUUUGGUGUCACCAGCAAGUUCUGGGACGUGAUCUUUAACACCGAGAUCGAGGCUACCUCUCAAAAGAAGAACUAG